GCGCUAGCUGCAUCUGAGAGCAGACAAACUUGCGAAGUCUUACCACGGUUCUUACUAUCUGCAUGCCUCUCUCUAUGGACGGCCGAAGGGUAGAAGAGGAAACGGGGAUUGUUGUCGUCGGGACCGCAGCGCUUUUUCAGGGCCUAGCGAUGAUUUAAUCACGGAAAACCGGGGUGUGGGGGGCAAAGGAGAAGGAGAAAACGACGGGAGCGCGAUAGGAACAGCAGUUGGAGAUGUGCGGUCGGGCCGAGAUUGCAGCGGUAUCCCUGGCUAGGCCUGGACUGAGCAGAUUGUUCUGAGAGGAAACGGACAACAAACAGGGGAAGUGAACAUGGCUGGGACUUCAGGCUUCUUUUCCAACGGACCUGUUCCGUGGAUGGACAACGACACAGAGAUGAACAACCUGUACAGAGACCUGGAACUGGGGACAGUGCUGACACUGUUUUAUUCUAAGAAGUCCCAGCGGCCAGAGAGACGGACAUUUCAAGUCAAGCUGGAGACCAGGACUAUUAUCUGGACUCGGGGCACGGAUAAAAUAGAGGGAGAGAUUGACAUUCGAGAGAUCAAGGAGAUCCGUACUGGACAGAAGUCGCGGGACUUUGAGCGAUAUGUGGAGGACUCAGCAACGAGGCUGGAGCAGGCUCACUGCUUUGUCAUCCUGUAUGGCACAGAGUUUCGCCUUAAAUCACUCAGCCUGGCAGCAACGUCAGAUGAGGAGAUGACAAUGUGGGUGAAGGGGUUAAACUGGCUUGUGGCCGACACACUGAAGGCUCCGACACCGCUUCAGAUAGAGAGAUGGUUACGUAAGCAGUUCUACGCCGUUGAUCGCAACAGAGAAGACAGGAUAUCCUGUAAGGAUCUGAAGAGCAUGCUGAGCCAGGUCAACUACAGGGUGCCCAACAUGAGGUUCCUCCGAGAGAAACUUCCGGACUCAGAGUUGAGGAAUGGAGACGUGUCCUUCAGCCAGUUUGCCCAGCUCUAUCGCAGCCUCAUGUUUGAUGCUCAGAGAAGCAUGGAAAUCCCAUUUAUACAAAGGUUCAUUGACAGACCAGAACAGAGGAUCUCCCUUGACGAUUUCAAGGGCUUCCUCCUGGAGUCUCAAAGGGAAAUGUGGGCCACAGACGACAACAAAGUUCAGGAGUUUAUGUUCAGCUACCUGAAAGACCCCCUGAGAGAAGUGGAACAGCCUUAUUUCCACCAAGACGAGUUCCUGACAUACCUGUUCUCCAAAGAGAACAGCAUCUGGGAUUCCUCCCUGGACCAGGUGUGUCCUGACAAUAUGAGCAACCCCCUGUCCCACUACUGGAUCUCCUCUUCGCACAACACCUACCUGACGGGAGACCAGUUUUCCAGUGAGUCGUCCCUGGAGGCAUACGCUCGCUGUCUGAGGAUGGGCUGCCGCUGUAUUGAAUUGGACUGCUGGGAUGGGCCAGAUGGAAUGCCGGUCAUCUACCACGGACACACACUUACAACAAAAAUCAAGUUUUGCGAUGUUUUGACCACCAUCAAAGAGCAUGCCUUCGUCACAUCCGACUAUCCCAUCAUCUUGUCCAUCGAGGACCACUGUAGUAUUGUGCAGCAGAGGAAUAUGGCCACUUACUUUAAGAAGGUGUUUGGAGACAUGCUGCUGACCAAGGCAGUGGAUAUCGUGGCAGAUGGCCUGCCCUCACCAAACCAGCUCAAGAGGAAGAUCCUCAUCAAGCAUAAGAAGCUUGCAGAAGGCAGUGCCUAUGAGGAGGUGUCCACCUCCACUCCCUACUCGGAGAAUGAUAUCAGCAACUCCAUCAAAAAUGGCAUCCUGUACCUGGAAGACCCCAUUAAUCAUGAGUGGUACCCUCAUUUCUUUGUCCUGACCAGCACUAAGAUCUACUACUCGGAAGAGACCUCCAGUAACCAGGGUAACGAUGAUGAGGAGGAGCACAGAGAGGUUUCCAACGGUAUGGACCAGCACGUGACAGAGAAAUGGUUCCACGGGAAAUUGGGCGCGGGGCGGGACGGGCGGCAGAUAGCCGAGAGGUUACUGUCGGAGUACUGCCUGGAGACCGGAGCUCCUGAUGGCUCUUUCCUGGUCAGAGAGAGCGAGACCUUUGUGGGAGACUACACACUGUCUUUCUGGCGUUCAGGGCGGGUGCAGCACUGUCGUAUCCACUCUCGUCAGGAGGCAGGCAGCCCCAAGUUCUACCUGACUGACAACCUGGUGUUCGACACGCUCUUUGCCCUGAUCAACCACUACCAGCAGGUGGCACUGCGCUGCAACGAGUUUGAGAUGAAGCUGACUGAGCCGGUGCCUCAGACCAAUGCUCACGAGAGCAAAGAAUGGUACCAUGCCAACCUCUCCAGGAGCCAAGCAGAAAACAUGCUGAUGAGGGUACCUCGUGACGGGGCUUUUCUUGUAAGGAAGAGGGCAGAACCCAACUCGUUUGCCAUUUCCUUCAGGGCCGAGGGAAAGAUAAAGCACUGCCGCGUGCAACAGGAAGGUCAGACUGUGGUGCUGGGCACCUCAGAGUUUGACAGCCUAGUAGAUCUCAUCAGCUACUAUGAGAAGCACCCUCUGUACCGCAAAAUGAAACUCCGCUAUCCCAUCAAUGAGGACACACUGGAAAAGAUAGGCACUGCUGAGCCAGACUACGGGUCACUGUACGAGGGCAGGAAUCCAGGCUUUUACGUGGAGGCCAAUCAAAUGCCAACAUUUAAGUGCACGGUGAGAGCCAUGUAUGAGUAUAAAGCCCAGAGAGACGAUGAGCUUUCCUUCAUUAAGAACGCUGUUAUCUCUAAUGUGGACAAACAGGAAGGAGGAUGGUGGAAGGGUGACUGUGGAGGGAAGAAGCAGCUGUGGUUUCCUGCUAAUUACGUGGAGGAGAUAAGUCCAUCAGCGGCGGAACCUGAUAGAACUCAGGAGAUGACAGAAAACAGCCCCCUGGGAGAUCUGCUGAGAGGAAGUAUGGAUGUGUCUUCCUGUCAGAUUGUUGUGCGUACUGAUGGGAAGGGCAGCAGGCCUCAUGUCUUCUCCCUGGUGCCGAGCACCUCCAUGCGGACAGGCCCGUUGCUGGACGUCGCUGCCAGCAGCCAAGAAGAACUCAAGGAAUGGGUGUUCAAGAUCCGCGAGGUCACCAUGACCUCAGAGGCCAAGCUAGAGGAAGGGAAGAUGAUGGAGAGGAGGAAGAAGAUUGCACUGGAACUGUCCGACCUGGUCAUCUACUGUAGGCCUGUGCCAUUUGAUGAAGACAAGAUUGGCACAGAGCGGGCCUGUUUCCGGGACAUGUCAUCCUUCCCUGAGACCAAGGCAGAGAAGUACGUCAACAAGGUCAAAGGGAAGAAGUUCCUGCAGUACAAUCGACUGCAGCUGUCCAGGAUCUACCCCAGAGGCCAGAGACUGGACUCCUCGAACUACGACCCUCUGCCCAUGUGGCUCUGUGGGUCCCAGCUGGUCGCGCUUAACUUCCAGACAGCAGACAAGCCCAUGCAGAUGAACCAGGCGCUGUUCAUGCUGAACGGAAGGAGUGGCUACGUCCUUCAGCCGCCCAUCAUGAGGGAUGACCACUUUGAUCCCUUCGACAGGCUUACGCUACGAGGCCUCGAACAAGUCACUGUAGAGAUAGAGGUUUUGGGCGCGCGGCACCUGCCCAAGCACGGACGCGGCAUAGUUUGUCCUUUGAUCGAGAUCGAGGUGUGUGGUGCAGACUACGACAGUGCCAAGCAAAAAACUGACUCAGAAGCUGAUAACGGUCUGAACCCCACGUGGCCCCGAAAGCCAUUCCAGUUCGUAGUAUGCAACUCUGCCUUUGCCUUCUUGCGCUUUGUGGUUUAUGAGAUUGACAUGUUCAAUGACCAAAACUUCCUGGCGCAGGCCACAUUCCCCAUUCACAGCAUCAAGACAGGCUACCGGUCCGUACCUCUGAAGAACAGCUACAAUGAGGAUCUGGAGUUGGCUUCUCUGUUAGUCCACAUAGACAUCAUCAGUGGCAGGGAUGAAAAUGGAGAGGUUCUGAGCCCUUUCCUUGCAGUCGGGGCCACGUCAGUGUCAACAUCUGCCCAAGCUGGGCGGGAACGUUUGGGGGAUUCCGUGUCUUCGACUUCCUCCAACAUGUCUCCUGUGUCCCAGUCGCCGGCCCAGGCCACGGCCUACAGGGGGAGAGAGGGCUCCUUUGAAUCCCGCUACCAGUCCCCUCUAGAAGACUUCAGGGUGUCCCAGGAGGCACUGUUGGACCACAUGGACCCACAGAACAGACAAACAAGGAUGUUACGGAGGACCAGAGUGGGCGGAGAGAACCGUGUCUAAGUCCAAGCCAAUCAGGACGCAUUUCUGUUGCAUCCCCAACCGCCACCCACCCCCUCCGUACCCAGUCACCUUUCCCCGUACUGAUGAUGUCACUGACUGCUGUGAACACUGUUUCCAUGGAAACGCCCACCACCGCUUUGGCCUACAUUUCAGGCAGCUCUCCCUCCCUCCAUUCUCCAAAAAAAAAACAAAAAAAAAAAAAACUCUCUUUCUCUCUCUCCUUCUAAUGCUGCCCAGUCUCUCACCACUCGCCUGAUGAGAAGGAGGGACUCGGACACAAGAGAAGAGGGAGGGCCGCUGAGAGGAAGCUGACCGCUCCGGACAGGAAGAAGAAACGGACAUUCACAGGAGAACAAAAGCAAGGCUGAAAAAGUGCCCGCUCUGGACUGGUUGUUUGCGGGGCGGGUUGUCCUCUCUUGUGUUUUAGGUGUGCACAACAUCUGCUUAGUUUGGCGGCUAAGAGUAGGGGAAGUGAGAGUUGUAAAAGGUAUCAGUUUGAAACUGUUUCCCGGUUAAGUUUCUUUGCUUUUCUCUAUUAGGCGUAUAUGAAUAUAUGUAUUUAUUCCUGCUGUGCUGUUGGCCGGAGAACAGCAGCAGCUGACCUGCUCUCAAAGAGCUCCCGUCUCCAUGUUUUUAAUAAUUAUAAUUAUUUAAACCUUUAAACAUUCAUAAUGUGAUCAUUUUUUUUUUUUUUUUUUGAAUAUGUGUUUGUGUUAAACAUGAGGGCUCUCUACGGCUAUUUUAAUGUAUCUCUCUUCUCUGCUCUGUGGAGGAAAUUAUGUGCAUCCAGUCAAACUCAAACCCUAACUUUUUUUUUUUUUUUUUUUUUUGGAAGGCAUCAGGAAGAAGUCAUAGCUUGUUUGUGUUGGAAACAGUGAGAGAAUAGCCAGCGUCAUGUCUGCAUACACAAACACACACUAGCUUUUUAUUUAUUUCUAACGUACAUUCCAAAUAACUGCACAUCAUUCCAUUUUCCUGCGUUGCAGGUGCCUUUACAAGCACAUUCAAACAUGACACAUUCAAACUUCUGUCUCCCUUGACAGUCUUACUUCACAUUGAUUAUGUCUGUAGGGUCUCUAACUGUGUGAUAAAGCAGGACCAGGGAUACAUGUUGACCCAGAAGAGGUUGUAGUCUGAAUGUGAUUGAUAAUUAUGUUCAUAAUUGUCCAUUUUGUUCUCCUUCCGAUUUUUGCCUGUUUGUGGGCCAUUUGAAUGGCAAGCACAGUUAUCUUGUCAAUCAAGGGAGAGUUCAUAGAGCUGCAAGGUUACGGCUCAAAUGACAAUACUGAUAACUGCUGGAUAAUUUAAUCAAUUUUCGGAAUAACAAAGUGGUUUGAGGAACAUAUUUAUGUACUCACAUUUGAAAAUAUUUUCAUUUACAGGGAACAUUCAAAAUGUUUCACAUUUGUCACCAUACCUACUGUAAUUGUGGAAGAUUGUAAUACAAUUUCAAGUCUUAAUAGAAUGUAAGGCCCCUUUUGUUCUGUGUUUUUAAUUAGUUGAGCGUAACCUUUCCGAUAUAAAAGUAAAUAUAAAAACUGUCACUGUUUUAUGUGAGCAAGUUUUAGUUCCAACGGAUGUCUCUUAGAAGUGGUUUUGAGGUCCGAAGCAAAGGUGUUUUACUGCAACAAGCUGUUUUUGAUUUUAUUUGUUGGCAUUUGUACAACAGGAGUUCCCCGUGUUUGAAAGGGAAUUCAGUAUCGUUGCCAAGUGAGACGGUUUGCAUUGCCGGUGUAAGGCAUAAAGAAAACAUGCCGUAUACUACUUGCUGGUACAUUUUGCUGCAGCACAAUGACAUAAGGGAUCUUUGUUUUUGUGCUGCCGCGGUGUUCUGGGCGAGUUUUGUCACAGCACCAAGCUGUUUCCCAGAAACCUGUGAAGAUUUUAAGUUACACUGCCAUUAUAUACAGUUAAAUUGCCACUGCCUGUGAAUUUGUUUGUGAUGAAAUGUGCAAAAUUGCAGACUUUGCGUAAACAACUGUCUCAAAGUGAAUGUGAAAUGCUGAACAAUUCAUCGUUCCCAAUUUUAGAUUCUUAUUCUGGCUUCUAUUCUAGUGUUUGUCUAACUUGGUAAUUAAGAGUCCUCUUGAGUUAAAUGUUGGUGUGGUUUAAAGUGCAUGGGCUUCUCAUUUCCUGCGUUUGUGGUAUGAGCGUGUUAAGCAGGCCGGGUCUAAGUUUCAGACUUAGUUGUUGCUGUGUUUCUGAGGCCGAUGGAUGACAAAGUUGCCUGGGGGGAUGGGGGGUCGAUGUAGGUGCCGAGGCCUGUGUUCUGGGCCUUCAGUGAGCCCAGACGGAGCUUGUAUCUAACCGAUGCUGUUAAUCUUUCCAGGUUCAUAUCAGAAACAGUGUUUUCUCUGCUUGUAUGUGAUGACUAUAUGAUGUAAACUCAGUAUUCUCACUCAGUGUUUGACCACUGAGACACACCUAAGCCAUAUGGUAUAUUUUAAGUUAAGGUAAAAGCAGGGACAGGAGUUAAUACUUGAGGUCUCAACGAAAGUUUUUUAGCAUCUUGGACCCCAAUAUUAAUCCCGAAGCUCCCCCAUAUAACACUUAUUAUUUUUGUUUUUCCUCCCGUGGUCGAUAAAUGGUCUUUGUGGAGAGCUCUCCCUCCAAUGCUGCAUUGCUCUUAUUGCUGACCUGUCUGCUAAUGUCUGUGUGCCUCUGUCUGUGUACACAUCAAAUUAAAGCCACAUCAUUCACCUCCUCUGCUGCGCUUUAAGCACCUGCACAGCCACGGUACAGCCACACUGAUUUUGACUGAUCGGAACUCCGCAGCACUGUGUGAGCAUGUAUAGACCUCUACUGUUCAGUUUGUUGUACCCGUUAUGGUGGGACAACGUAAACUCCCACCAACCUGUAAAGAGGUCUAACCAGAAUAAUUAGGAGCGUCUAUGUGAAUGUGCAGGACCCAUUAGUUUCUUUUGCUUUGUUUUUUUCUCCAAUCUUGUCUGUUUUGUUACCGACAGUAAUAACGCCUUUCUGUAAUGUGCCUAAACUACGGAGAGGAAAAGUAUUCAUUUUAAUUUUGCCUUUCAUAUGAAACAUAUUCAAGCCUGAAAAGUAAAUAAAAUACUUACUACUUUAUA